UAAGUGCAGCUGAGUGCAACAGAGGGGUGACCUGGUGCUUCAAGGAGAGACACUACUGUUCGCUAUGACAGGCCCAGUGGUUGGUCACUGAUCGUCUGUGAUAAUUAAAUAAAACCAUGCAGAGGACUUAUAGUAACUUACACUUCUAUAGACCCAUCAAAGAGAGGAGCUGCGUGAGUCCAUCCCUCUCCCCUUGCAGGAGUCUAUCGUCCCCCUCCAAAACCCUCGCCAGCUUCCAACAAAAACUGUUUUCUAAGCGCUGGGAGGAGGGUCCAGCUGAAACAGCAAUGCUUGGCCAUGCAGACAAAUCUGGCCUCGCAGACUUUAAAGAAACCCUCAGAGCAUUGGAUGACUCAUCUGAGAGCUGCUGGCUUACAGAAUUGUUACCGUUGUGUUCAGAUUGCCAGGCUUUCAUGAGCAUGGGCAACCAACUGGGAACCAAACCUAAGCCAAAUUGUCACAGUUACACAGAAACUUGGGAUGCUUUAUCAAACUCCCCCAGAGUCCAGAUAUCUUGGAAGAGAAGAAGAAGAGCCGAAGGGCAUGUUUACACCAGUGACCUUCAGGAUAACCUCAAGAUGGUGUCCGGGACUCCAUGGGCACCUCUGAAGGCAAGGAGACUGAGGAAGCUCCAGAGGUUGAGGUCUUCUUCCUUUGAGGAGUGGGAUUUUGAAGAAGAGAGACCUAUCAUUUGCACUCCCACAGUAAGAAGGAAGAAAAUUAUUAGGAGAGAAAGAGAUGAUAUAAAUACUUUAACGCAUGAGUUAAAGCCACUCUGGAGAGUAAAGUUGCCUAAUACUUCUUCUGCAAGCUUAUCUAGAUCAAAGAGCGAAACAGUCCACCUCUCUCCCAGACAGAAUAUGUCUGAAGAGGAAAAAUAUACUCCUACUGACUCGGACACUGACCUUUCUGAAUAUGACAAUGAGAUGUACUCAAUGUUUUUCUCCAACACUAGUAUGGAGGCAAAGAGUAACAAGACUGCAAGCCAAAAACAAGAUGAAGAGAAGGCAGACAUAAAGUCCUCUCAGCAGAGGCUUGAGGUGAUGGGGCAGAGAGCUGCAGCUCGGCGAGUAAUGGGCAAGAUUGAGGAGGUGGAAGGAAUAAUACGCCGGGUGAGUCUCACCAGUUUGGACUGGAUCAAGGAAUGUCAUAAAGGAGAAGAAGAACCUCACUUUCUCUCAGAUGGAUGGAAGACAGAGGUGUCACUGCAGAAAAGUCGCAGAGCUGAUAUCAGUACUCAGUCCCCACUGGAGGACCAGAACAGGGAGUCCAGUGGGGACAAGCCUCUGUUUGUUGAGGAGCUUUGUGCUCUGGGUGAUGCUCUGAGACGGAGUCUGCAGCAGGCCCUGAGGAUGGAGGGAUCAAAAGCAGAGAGUGAAGGCUUUAAAGAGCCCGAGGAGACUUUUUGUGAGCAGAGCCACACAACAGAAGGGUCUCUGAAUCCACAAUCACCUCUUUACCUCAUCAACUCUGGUGUGCCAAACAAUGCCUCAUCACAUCCUCUUUUAGCAGGUGGAAAAAUCUCUCCUACGCCCUCUCUGUCUGAAAACCUGGAGGUUUCUCCAAUUAAAUCAAGCAGCUUAGAAAGACUGUCCCCCAUGCUACCACCUAUGCUCAUAUCCAGACUGAGCACAGAUGAUCAGCAAGCGGAAACAUCACACAGAGUUUGGACUGAACCACUUGAAGACACCGUAAUUAUUUGUGGGGCUCGAGACGGUGAACGUGCCAGAGAAAGUGAUCACAGGGACACUCAGGAGCAGUUUACAGAGAAGGAUUAUCUGCUCUCUUCAGAUGAAGCUCUGCAGAGGCAGGAGGAGAUCUGGCAGCAGGAGAUCGAGGAGUCUCUCUCUAUCUGCAGGUCACUUUCCGAUCCAUCCAGACCCAAACACAUUGAUUUCCUGCGCAUCACUGCCCCCGAUGAUGACAUCACUGACACACCCACACCCACACCUGUGCCCCAGGAUUUGAGGUCAGAGACAUCGAGCCCAGGUGAAGGAGAGGAACGAACUCCUGGUCGCCUACAAGCUGUGUGGCCACCUCUUAAGGAAGAAAAAGUUGGGCUGAAGUACACAGAAGCAGAGCACCAGGCUGCUCUCCUGCAGCUGAAGAGAGAAUGCAAAGAGGAGCUGGAGAAGUUAAAGGAGGACUAUGAUCAGGAACUCUUCAGACUGAGGUUGGACAAGGAUGAAAAUGUUGCACGUCUGGAGUUCAGUCUUGCUGAGCUGCAGAACAAACUCUCCCAGGUUGGGACCCACUGUAAAGGGGAACUUAAAGAUAUGGCUGUGUCUACAGCAGAUGACUUUUUGCACAAAUCAUUUCGCACCGUCUGCAUUCAAACCGACCGGGAGACAUUUGUCAAAACUGCUCAGGAUGAAGAAGGUUCCGGGAGAACCUGUACAUGCUCUCAGCAGCAGAAGGUGGCCCCCAAAAAGUUGGACCUUGCUUCCAUCAGCUUCGCCGGCAAGAUCGAAGGCACACUGUCCUCCUCCUCUUCACUUGUAACUCCUUGUAGCUCAAAACAACCACCAGCUCCUUCUCAGACAGCAUCACCAGCUAAAUCAGAUGUUUUUCCUUCUCCUCCUCCUCCUCCACCUCCACUACCUCCACCAUGUUCGUCUCCACCUAUUAACUACAUGCAGCCAUCAAAUGACCCGCCACUACCCCCACCUCCACCUCCUCCACCCACACCAGGGUUAUCGCUCCCUCCACCUCCUCCAGCAUUGGGUCUUGGAGUUGAUAAACCUCCCAGGAAACCGGCAGUGGAGCCUUCCCGACCCAUGAGGCCUCUUUACUGGAACAGAAUCCAGAUCCAGGACAACGAUAACAACACAUUAUGGAAUAUUCUGGAAGAGCCAAACUUAAUUGAUGCCAGUGAGUUUGAAGAUCUCUUUGCUAAAACCACCACACAGACAAAGAGGAAACCGCUGUCAGAGACUUAUGAGAAAAAAGCAAAGCCUAAGAAGAUCAUUAAACUGUUGGAUGGUAAACGCUCUCAGGCUGUGGGCAUCCUCAUAUCAAGCCUCCACCUUGAGAUGAAAGAUAUUCAGCAAGCUGUACUGACAGUGGAUCACUCUGUGGUGGACCUGGAGACCAUUGAAGCGCUGUAUGAAAAUAGAGCACUGCCGGAGGAGCUGGAGAGGAUCAGGAAACACUACGAGACGUCAGAAGAAGAGGAUGUUAAGCUGCUGGACAAACCUGAGCAGUUCCUGUAUGAACUAUCUCAGAUUCCAGACUUCGCAGGCAGAGCUCGCUGUGUCAUCUUCCAGUCAGCCUUCAUCGAUGGGAUCGCCUCAAUUCAACGCAAGCUCAACACUGUCUUCCAUGUCUGUAAGGCUCUGCUGGAGAGCGACAGUGUCAGCAAGGUGAUGGGACUGGUGUUGGCUCUUGGGAACCACAUGAAUGGAGGAAGCAGGAUUAGAGGCCAAGCUGACGGCUUUGGCCUGGAAAUCCUUCCAAAACUCAAAGAUGUAAAGAGCAGGGACAAUCGCAUCAGCCUGGUGGAUUACGUGGUGUCAUAUUACUUGCACAAUGUGGACAAGAAUGCAGGCACAGAGAAGAGUAUGUUCCCUCUUCCUGAACCGCAGGACAUCUUCCUGGCAGCGCAGGUCAAGUUUGUUGACCUCGACAGAGAUCUGAGACAUCUUGGACGAGAUCUGACAAGGUGCGAGAAAGACGUACAGAAGGUUUGCUCUGACUCUCCUGAAGAAUACCUGCAGCCAUUUAAAGACAAGAUGGAGGCUUUUGUGCUCAGUGCACGAAAAGAGCACGCUGAAGCUUCUUAUCAGAUGAUGACUGUACGAAAAAGUUUCGAGGACUUGAUCCUGUACUUUGGGGUAAUGCCUAAGACGGGGGAGACGGAGGUGACAGCUGGCUAUUUCUUCAUGCUCUGGUUUGAGUUUUCUGCCGACUUCAAGAUCAGGUGGAAAAGGGAGAACAAGAAUAUCUCUAAAGAGAGGUUAAAAGAGGCUCAGCAGUCAGUGAAGAGGAUUACCGGAGAGAAGAAGGUGGAGACGAGAAAGACCAACCCCAGCAGCCUGAAAGAGCGACUGCGUCAGAAAGAAGCCAGCAUAUCUUCAACUUAAAGAAACCAAAAAAAAUUGUUCAUAUCCAAAUCAUUCUAACCACCGGAUUAUGUCCUCACAAAGCUGGAUCCAACAGGAUGUGAGCAAGGGUACCAAACAUGCAUGGUCCUUGAAAAAUGUAGUUUAUUUAUUUACUUGUAUUUACUUGUAUUUGUUAAGUGGAAGAUUUAUAUUAUAACCAUAUUAUAACUUGUCGUCUAACAUAUAUUUAAGUUUUAAAUAUUAAAAAAAAUCUUCUGUGCAAUAUUUAGACAUAAGUAACAGCUUCAACUGUGUAUAGACAGAUACAUUUUUGCAUCAAAUCUAAACUGUAAAAUCAAAUCUUUUACAAUAUUUUUCCACAAAUAAAAUCAU